AUGAGCACUUUAGAUUCGACCCCGCCUGACCGCGGCAUCCGGAUCGCCAUUGACCGCGGUGGCACUUUCACUGAUUGCGUUGGCGAGAGAGGUGGGGAGACUGUUAUCCUUAAACUUCUCUCAGAAGACCCAUCGAACUACCCGGAUGCUCCUCUAGAAGGCAUUCGCCGCAUCAUGUCGCAUUUCCUUGGCCGGGACAUCCCGCGAGAGGAGAGGCUAGACACGUCCCGCAUAGCUUCCAUUCGCAUGGGAACAACAGUUGCCACGAAUGCACUUCUUGAACGCAAGGGCGAGAAAAUGGCCCUUGUCGUCACGAAGGGGUUCCGAGACUGCCUUCUCAUUGGCAACCAGAGCCGGCCCAAGAUCUUCGAUCUUGCUAUCAAAAAGCCCGAUGUCUUGUACUCCGCCGUUGUUGAGGUUGAUGAGCGUGUCACUCCCGAGGAUUACGCAGAGGACCCCGAAAGAACAAGGACCGCCGCUCACACGGGGGUGGGAAGCCCCGAAGCGGACAUGGAGGCCCUCGUGGAAGGUCUAUCUGGCGAGACUAUACGUAUUCUCAAGCGACCUCGGGAGGAGGACAUCCGACGGCAAUUGCAGGAAGUAUAUGAGGCGGGGAUCCGGAGCAUCGCUGUGUGUCUCUUGCACGGCUAUACAUUUCCGAACCACGAAGCUCUCGUUGGCCGUAUCGCCCGGGAAAUUGGGUUCUCCCACAUAUCCUUGAGUCAUGAGUUGAUGCCAAUGAUAAAACUAGUAUCGCGAGCCACAUCGGUGUGCGCCGAUGCAUAUCUGACCCCUGCCAUCAAAAGGUACAUCGCAGGGUUCCAGGAAGGUUUCGUCGGCGCAUUAGGCGUCAAAGGUAGCCCGGGGGAAAAGGGUGCGAGAUGUGAAUUUAUGCAAAGCGACGGGGGUCUUGUGGAUGUUGAUAGGUUCACGGGCCUAAGGGCUAUACUAUCGGGACCAGCCGGCGGCGUGGUAGGCUAUGCUAGCACAUCUUAUGAUGAGGAAACUAGGAUUCCUGUUAUCGGGUUCGAUAUGUCUCCUCAACUCGAUAUCAACACCGUCGCUGCUGGUGGCGGCUCAAUGCUGUUCUGGAAGAACGGGCUCUUCGUAGUAGGGCCAGAAAGCGCGGGGGCGCAUCCCGGCCCGGCCUGCUACCGCAAAGAUGGUCCGGCAACUGUAACAGACGCAAACCUCUAUCUUGGUAGACUACUUCCCGAAUUCUUCCCCAAAAUAUUCGGUAAACAUGAGAACGAGGGCCUGGACUGGGAAGCAAGCGCCAAAGCUCUUCGGGAACUAACCGACCAAGUGAAUCGCGAUGCUGGCAAAAACAUGACCAUCGACGAGGUUGCCUAUGGGUUCUUGACUGUUGCUAACGAAGCGAUGACACGCCCGAUCCGCUCAAUAACUGAAGCAAAGGGUCACGACUCCUCGAAGCAUCGGCUAGCCACCUUUGGCGGGGCAGGUGGUCAGCACGCUGUUGCCAUUGCUGAAGCUUUGGGUAUUCGCCAGAUCCUCGUUCACAGAUACUCAUCUGUCCUCUCUGCAUAUGGGAUGGCCUUGGCGGAUGUCGUGGACGAGAGACAGGAGCCCGAGUCAUCCGUUUGGCAGGAUGAUGGCCUGGUAGUCGAACGCCUAAAGACUAAGAUGGAAAGGCUGCGGGUGGCCUGUGUUGGAUCCCUGGAAGAACAAGGGUUCAGAAGUGACGAGAUCGUAUUCGAGGAGUAUUUGAAUAUGAGAUACAGGGGGACCGAGUCGGCCCUGAUGAUCGUCAAACCGGAUCCCGUGGAAGCAGCUCAGAAAUAUGGCGGUGCUGAUUGGGCAUUUGGAAAGGCCUUCGUUAACCAGCAUCGAUAUGAAUUCGGGUUCACCCUCGACGACCGCGAUAUUAUAGUCGACGACGUCCGCAUACGAGCUAUUGGCCGGAGCUCUCGUCCCCGAGAAGAGACCGUUGAUGAACAACUAGCUAAGGUCACGCGGCGACCGGUGGAUGAGAAAAAGGUCCAUGGACGACAGAGCGUAUAUUUCGAAGGCGGGAGACUGGAGACCCCUGUUUACAAACUACAAGACCUGGCCAUUGGAGAUGAGGUCCCAGGCCCCACCGUACUAGCAGACGGCACGCAAACCAUCGUCGUGCCCCCGGAAGCAAGAGCACUCGUGAUCGAAACCCAUGUCGUCAUAGACAUCUGCCAGAAUACAGCGAAAGAUGAGAAAAACGCCGACGCCGAGGUUGCCGACCCAAUAUUGCUCAGCAUAUUCGGACAUAGGUUCAUGGCAAUUGCGGAGCAAAUGGGCCGGGCUCUGCAGAAGACGAGCGUGAGUACAAACGUGAAAGAACGCCUAGACUUUUCGUGUGCCAUAUUCGAUGCAGAUGGAGGCCUCGUGGCAAAUGCACCGCACCUUCCGGUCCAUCUUGGGUCAAUGUCAACCUGUGUUAGGCGCCAGGCCGCCAUAUGGGAAGGGAAGCUCAAGGACGGAGAUGUAAUCAUCACUAACCACCCCUCUUACGGUGGCACACACCUCCCCGACGUUACACUGAUCAUGCCCGCCUUUAAUAGGCAGGGGAACAAGAUACUGUUCUACGCAGCGUCGAGAGCCCACCACGCGGACAUUGGCGGCAUGUCGGCAGGCAGUAUGCCACCUCACUCCCGCGAACUAUACCAGGAAGGCGCGGCCGUUAAGUCGGAGAAGCUUGUCAGCGAAGGGAAGUUCAACGAGGAAAUGAUUGUCGAGCUGUUCUAUCGAGAACCCGCCAAGCACCCUGGAUGCAGCGGCACUCGUUGCCUUGCCGAUAACAUUAACGACCUCAGAGCGCAAGUCUCCGCGAACAGGAAAGGAAUCUCUCUCAUCGAAUCUCUGAUCGAUGAAUACGGUGAAGAUAUGGUGCAGUUUUAUAUGCGAAGCAUCCAGAAAAACGCGGAGACGUGUGUGCGAAAACUCUUGAGAGAAAUGCACGACAGAUUCGCGGGGAAAGAUUUGUCCGCCGUAGACUACAUGGACGACGGAAGUCCUAUCCGACUCAGAAUCACAAUCGAUGCGGACCUCGGCGAGGCGGUGUUCGAUUUCGAUGGCACAGGGCCCGAGGUGUACGGGAACAUCAACGCCCCAGAGGCGGUGACGUACAGUGCUAUCAUAUAUUGCCUGCGGUGCUUGAUAUCAGAGGACAUUCCCCUCAACCAGGGGUGCCUUGCGCCUAUUAAAGUCAAUAUUCCUCCAGGAUCACUACUCUCCCCGUCGGAUGGCGCGGCAGUCGUCGGGGGUAACGUUCUCACGAGCCAGCGAGUAACGGAUGUCAUUUUCAAAGCCUUCCAGGCUUGCGCUGCGAGUCAGGGGGAUUGCAACAACCUCACGUUCGGCUUCGGAGGAAAUGCCACAGGGGAGAAGGAGGUUAGGGGAUUUGGGUAUUAUGAGACGAUCGCUGGGGGGAGUGGUGCGGGGCCGGACUGGGAAGGCACAAGUGGUGUGCAUACCCACAUGACCAAUACUCGAAUUACGGACUCGGAAGUUUUCGAGAAGCGAUAUCCCGUUAUUCUGAGGGAGUUCUCCCUGCGAAAGGGGUCCGGUGGCAUCGGUCAACACGUAGGAGGAGACGGCGUAGUCCGCGAUAUUGAAUUUCGGAUCCCGGUCCAGGUAUCUAUUUUGAGCGAGCGGCGGGUGUUCAGACCUUAUGGGCUGGCGGGUGGUGCCGAUGCUCAGCCGGGAUUGAACUUGUGGGUUAGGAGGCUAUCGAAGCCGACCGCAGAUGGGGUGGAAUACGAGGAAAAGGUGUGUAACCUCGGUUCCAAGAACAGCGCGCCAAUGAAGCCCGGCGAGCGCAUUAUAAUCUGCACGCCGGGUGGUGGUGGAUGGGGAGAUGUGGCGAAUGUGAAGGCUACCAGGGAGACCGUCGACCCGACAGCUGGGUGGAGGAAGGCUGGCCAUGCGAACAGAGAGGACCUUGCCCUCCAGGCCUAA